GCUGCUCGCAUGAGUUUGCCUCUGCAACCACGUAAAUUUAAUUUCGCUUUAGCAUGCACCACGAGCGAAGUGAAACGUACUGCAUGGAAGAGAGCAGCGAGCCUGUCCGUGCGGCGGGGAAGAUCGUCAAGCUACCCCACCACGACCAAGAGCCACUCUGCGAAACACGAGCCAAGUAUAGGCAGGGCAAGAAGCUUACUGCUGUUAAGGUGUACACGGUGGCCGACGAGUCGCGCCACCUGCUGCUGCAGAACGUGACCUCGGUGGACGUGCGGGACGAGCUGGAGGCGCUGUGCCGCCGCUUUGGUCCGCUGCAGCGACUGAAUGCUGUCGAUGACUACGAAACGGAGCGGUUCACCCAGGUGUACCACGCGCAGUACCGGCGCAUGGCCGCGGCCAGGCUGGCCAAGAGUCAGCUGGACGAUCGCAACUUCUUCGGCACGCACCUAAAGGUCUGCUACGCCCCCGAGCUCGAGACACCUGCCGAGACGGCCGACAAGCUCCGCUGGCGGCGCUCCUACUACCGCGCCGGCUUGGCCAGAUGCCAGGGCAGUGGGAGGCAGCCGGGCAGAACAGCGGCUGCGGGCGCCGGGCUGCUGGGCGCCGGGGUGGGGAGGAGCAGGUGA